CUUCCUUCCUCGCCUGGUCUGACAAAAAAAAAAAAGCAGCCGGACCGAGUGUGAGGGAGCUGUUAUAAAUGGAGACUUUGCUCAGCCUCCAGUCGUUGAAUCCGCUUCAGAUCGUCGAACUCGGAGGUCCACAGCACCGCAGGCGGCUUUUCUAACAUUGCCACCAUGAUUCCCUCAACUCCAGCGCUGCUCAUGUGUGUGGCCGUCCUCUGCGGGCUGGAGGAAACGGUCCGGUCCCAGCGCGCACAUUGCGCCGGGAAUCAGUGUUUAGCGUUUUUCCUGGAGCCCGAGACCUUUCCAGGCGCGCAGAAAAGCUGCCAAGACUCCGGCGGACAGUUGUACACUUUAAGCUGGGAAACCGUCGACGAAAUAGUGACCGUCAGCGGGAGUUACUGGGUGCAGCUGCCCAGCAACGACACGGCGGCAGAGGACCAAAGCUGCCCGUCCAUCUCCUUGUCGACUGGGGGCAAAGUCAAGCUGCAGCGGGUGCCGUGCGGAGGGACCCUGAAGGCAUUCCUGUGCCAGUACACUUUCGAGGAGCCGUGCGUUGGCGUACUGACCGGCGCAGGCGCACAGGUGACCUACACCGCCCCCAUGGACUUUAGGUUGGACAAUUCGGAAACGUUUCCACCGGGGACCAUCGCGGUAACGAUGAAGGUCGGCGGAAUUUAUCUGGAAUCAAAGCACGUGUGUGUAUCCAGGGGUUGGAUGCCAGCACCCUGGAGCUGUGAGGUGCUGGGGGGCGGCUGCCAGCACACCUGCACCGCCGCGGCAAACACCUGCGCCUGCCCCCCGGGGGAAGUCCUCCACCCCAACAACAUCUCCUGCACUACGGGUGCCUGCGAGGAGAACCGGUGCACGGGCGAGGGCGAGGAGUGCGAGAACACCCGGGAAGGGUUCAGGUGCACGUGCGGGGACGACUUUGUGGAGGAGGACGGCGCGUGCGUCAACGUCACGAUAUGCCAGAUGUGUGAGCACAUGCUGUGCGAGAAGUUCCACGGGGUUUACCAGUGCGUGUGCCGGAAGGGGUUCAGGGUGGCGGCCCACGACCCCACCAAGUGCGAGCUCAUCUGCGCCGAGAAGGACUGUCCGGCCAGGUGCGACUGGAACAACCAGGCCUCGUGUUUCUGCCCAGUCGGCUACAUCAAAGACAUCAGAGAGGGCGGGCCAUUUUGCACCGACAUCGAUGAGUGCGACAUGGGGCAGUGCCACCAAAAGUGUGAGAACCUGUUCGGGGGUUACCGGUGUUCGUGCGACGUGGGGUUCAAGCUGCGCGAUGGGGACAUGUGCAUCGCAGAAGAAGAAGAGAACGAGGAUGAUAACGGGUCAGGCUCCAGUCCACCGCCACCUCCCCGGGAGCACCCCACCCCGGCAAGCGCUCUACCGGCCGCGGUGCCCUAUUACGUGAAGACCGGAAGCGUCCUGGGCAUCGGCGUGUUCGUGAUGCUGUGCGCGGUGCUGCUGUACUUCCUGGUCCGAAACGCGGCCAAGCGUUGCGGCAGAUUCGAGCUCACGUCCAUCAAACACCGGGACAUCGACAUCUUCUACCUGCAGCAGGUGACCUCGGAGACGUACAAGAGGUUGUCCCUGGACAAACCGUUCAAACGCGACUCAUAAAUACUUUUUGGAGCGUUUGGGGCCUUCAAUCGCAUCGUGGAGCACGUGCCCGUCAACCAUUGUCCAAUUCACUAUAAGAACAUUAAUUGUUUCAAAAUGGGAAUUUAUAUUUUUCUACUUUUUAAUAACAAAAUAUGGUGCCAGAGUUCCAUAAUUCCUUUAAAAAAAGCAUACAUUAUAUAAAAUACAAUAGUUAUUUUAUAUCUUCCAUGCUUUUUUAUACUUAUUUAUACAAUAAGUAUAUAAUUAUCUAAACAAUAUGACGCGUUAUAACGUAUAUUAAGUUAUAAAGUCAACUAAUUUGAAAAUAAAGAGUUUCAAAGAGAGAAGUUGGGGCCUUUUAAUAUUUAUUUCUUUUAUCUGCCAAAGAGUAUUCCUGUUGGUUUGAAUUUGGCCUCCUGUCGUUUUGUAAAAGUGCACGUUGACUUUCCCAGGUGUAAAGUCCUCGAUUUUUGACUCGUUUUCUGAAUAUGUAAUUUUUUUUCAAUAUUGAAUUGUUGUUAAUUUAUCGACCAUUUAGCUUUUUGUUCUUCCAAUAGUGCAGUUUAUUUUGGACCUAUAAAAACAAAUGAGAGGCUGUUACAUGGUACUAAACAGCUAGUAUGGUCACGUUUUCUAAUUACAGAUGCAAGCCUUUCAUGUUUAAGACAAGAACAGAAUCGGCUCGGUUUGAUGCCGUCCGCUAACACACUUAUGCUGCACUGUAGUUACGUUCUUUAUUUGACAAAAAGAGAAAGGAAACCAUUGCUCGUCAUCCUUGUUUUGCACACUUUUGCGUAUCGCAAGUUAUAUAACAUUCCACAUAUUGGUUACAAUGUCUACUGUCGUUCUGGUCUUUGUCUUUCUGUAAGAUGUAAAAACACUGUCAACUAUUAGUGAUUAAAUUAGCUUUUUGGGGGGUCAAAUAUACAUUAUUUUUCUACUGUGUGCUGUUUUUUGUGCAUUUGACUGAUGUUUUUAAUUUUAAUAAGUUAGUUUUACAUUAUGAUUCAUUUAAUGUGUUGUUACUCUGUAAUGCUGUCCAUCUGGUCACAUGACAUCUAUUGCUUCUGUCCAUCCUCUGUUGCUCUACUAAAGGGUUCUUCCCUUUUCCCGUCAAAGGGUUCUUUCUCAUGUUUUUUUUCUUCCUGAUCCGAUGUGAGGUCAAAGGUCAGGGAUGUUGUAUGUGCACAGAUUGUAAAGCCCCCUAAGGCAAAUUUAUAAUUUGUGAUAUUGAGCUAAAUGAAACUGAAUUUAAAUGAUUUAUGGACGCUCUCUGAUGUCCUUGACCACUCUGUGCUUUGGGUUGCUGUGGAGACAGUUUCUGAUGACUAUAGUAUUUUUUUAACAUCACCCACAAAUGACAAAAGUGAAAUGUCCAAGAGGUUAGUUUGCUUAUUCUUCCAGAUAGCGGUGCUUCAUGCUCUGUGCUCCACCUGGACGUCCAACUGUGACUCUCCGGGUCCUGAGGGCUCGUGGUUCCUUCUGUCGAACACUGAGAACAUUAGAACUCCACUGAAUGACAUGUUACCAUAUUCUCUCAUGAUGCUGAGCACUGACAGUCACAUGGGACCUUUACUGUAUGAUAGACGUCUGGAGAUUUUAAUCUGUGAAUAUUUUUGUAUAAUUGAAUGAUAAAUAAGGUUCUGAACACUAAA